UCGAGACGGCUGUGUGUUUGUCUGCUUUGUGGGUCAAGAGACGACAAAGCGGUCAAAUCUCGGUCCGAAAGGAGCACGCAAGCUUACGUUCACCGUUACGUUUCACCCAACGCACGGAGCUCGGUGUGAAAUUUUCCUUUUGCACAUCGCAAGUGUUUGCCUUCUGGGUUAGACCAAAAUUCGUGUUCGCCUUGUGCAUCGCUAUAAAAUCACGACCACUGCACUGAUUUGAGCUCCAAUCUGCGCCAUAUUGGACUACCUGUUGAUGUUUGGCAUUUAAAGCAGGUGCGAAAAUCAGGUUUUACGCACGAGUCGCCAUCGGGAGACCCAUGCCCGCCGCCAGGUGAUGACGACUAUGUUGCCGAAGAGGCAAGUGAAGGGGCCCGAAAUGGGCCCACCCAAGUACCAGCCGCCUCCACAGCCCACCAAGCCGCCCGCAGGUGGGCCCGCCGCCCCUCCGCCACCAGUGCAUCACAUCGACAACAGAAAGCAAAGCAAAAUCAAAGAAGUGACCGCGCGUCCUGCCUCCACUGGCCCUCUUCAGCAGGAUGAAAUAAUUCGUCCUGUGAGUCCGAGCAGGGGCAUCAUGACCAAGAGGGCUUCGGACGACCUUUUGGUGCGACCUGGCGCGCUCAACGGCCAGCUCCUCAACGUGGACAGACCGAUGUGGAGGCCCAUGCCAGACGAUGAGCUUCUGCACCGACCGCCUCAGGAGUUGCUCCGCAUUGUCCGCGCGGCCGAGUCUGAAAUGGCCAGGCUGCAGUCGGAGCAUAAUCAGUGGGCCCAGGACGCCAGCACUCGUUUUCAGACAACUGCUAAUGAACUGCGAUCUGCUCAGGAUUUUGCUCGACGUCUGCAAGAUGACAAUCAGGAGCUAAGAGAUCUGUGCUGCUUUCUUGACGACGACAGGCAGAAGGGGAGGAAGCUGGCUCGAGAAUGGCAGCGAUUUGGCCGGUAUACCGCCAGUGUCAUGCGACAGGAGGUCUCUUCCUAUCAAGGCAAGCUUCGGGAACUCGACAACAGACAACAUGAGUUAAUCAGAGACAACCUUGAGCUGAAGGAGUUGUGCUUGUACCUGGACGAGGAGCGGAACAGCCAGACCAACUGUCCCUCUUGCGGAGCGUCUCUUCGUCCUGGAACCAGGGACGACGGUGAUGGCAGCAGUUCAAGCACUAAUGCCGAUGAACCCAACAUGCCUGCAGUUCCAAACGCAAAUACGGGCGCUCAGUUCAUCCACAGAUCAGAAAGCAGAGAUAGACUUAUGGAGGACAGCAUAACUAGACAAAGAAACACUUUCAAUGAUCAGCUCGUUGGCUACAUUCGCAGCUUGGAACAACGAGUUGUGCAACUGGAGGAUGAAAGGAGAGCCCUUCAAACAAGAUUAGUGCCUGGUUCUACAGACCAAAGUGCUCCAGCUCCACCACGAACUCUUCCAAUGGAGCAAUCAAGGCCAGAAGCGGUGGUGCACGCUUUGCAAGUUCUCCAAGUUCGAGAGCAACUCGAACGAAACAAUGCCAACGCAGCUGUGCAACCAGCAGCAGCACCUCCUCCACCACCCCCACCCCAAAAUACUCCAGUGGUAACUGUGCCAGAUCCCCAGACCCAAGCUGAGCUCGAUGAUGGCGAGAAAGCGCUUGUUCGGGAAAUGUGCAAUGUUGUAUGGAGGAAACUGGAAGAGGCUCCACCGAUGAACAGGCGAUAAAUAUCGUACUGUUAUGGAAGAAGUAUCCAUGACAAUUUUGUAAACAGAAGUGCAAUUGUUUAAGUAAGUUAUCUCAAAGCGUGCUUCCGCAUUAUCAGUAUUACCGAGACAUGCAAUUACUAAGUUAUUGAACUUAUAUUAUACUUAAAUACUCUUGCCCAGUAUCUGAUAUGUUGUGAUUGGUUGUGGACAUAUAUUAGAUAACACGAUCAAAAUAUUCUUGCCUAAAUUGCCUGAGAAGAACUUAUUUUUUUGAACUGUAUGAAAAAUGCGUAGCAGAUUUAAAGAAAUAUUUUCAUACGUAUAUUUGUAUAUUUAUUUUAGCAGGGUAAUAUAUAUUUUUCAAAUACAAA